AUGUUGGAAGCAUUCCAGUCAAUCAUCGAAGUCGGCAUCAGCUUCAUCCCUGGAGGUGCCGCUCUCAACGGAGCUAGGGCCGCCGUUAAAGGAGCCAAGACCUUUGCCGAGAACGGGCUAGAGGCCGCUUCCUUCUUUGGUGACUGGGUCGGGCCUGCGUGUGGAGUUCACGACUGGAAGUUUGACCUCUUUGGAGCCUUGGUCAACGCGCCUGACUCUAUGGGGGUCAGCACUGGCUGCCACAAGAAAGACAAGGCUGCUUGCAAGAGGAUGGAGUCUAAACCGGACCCAAUGAAGAAGCCAGAUAGCCCGACAGAAAAGACAAGGACGGGGUAUCUCGGCAAAUCAUCCACCGCCUCACCCGUACAUGAGACGUCGACUGGUUUGGUAUCUUCAACCAUAUCAUCCGAAACUGCGUGCGUGUUGGCUGCUCGAGCGGCCAAGCCUCUCUCGCGGGUAGGAGUUGUAGGUGAUGCCGAAAAUUCAGAGCGCAAAUGCGGGAAAUCAGUCACAGUUCAUUUGACGGAAACCGUCAAGCCCAUCGGCUUUUACGAGACUAGAGUCCCCAAUAUCAAAUGCCGAAGGCAAUGGUCGCAAGCUUGCUAUCAUUAUUCAUCUGUCAUGGAAAUACACCGAAACACAAGAUCCAUGACUGAAUGGACCUGCGGCGCAACUCAGUCGACUAGCAAUGACGGCUCUGCCACCGACGUCUGGGGUUCGACGGCUGUGGCAUCAUUGGCUCUUACAAACCAGCACUGGGGAUGGCCAUGGGCUAACGGCUUUGUUCCCCGUCGUGUUCUGAAGCAUGCUAAUGGCCUGCCGAAGAGGGAUAAGUACGGGAACGAGAUUGCUGUUGGCUGUGACAGGGACGAGUUUCCACCUCGAUACUUUUGGCCCAAAGAUAAUGAAGCAGAAAAGAAAGGCAUGGUACAACGAAUUCGUUUCCUCCCAUACGAUGAGAACCGCAAAGCCGGAGCUAUGUGGCGUGGGUUUUGUAACAAGAAUGCCGCCCAAUCUUCGACUACUCGCACCAGUACUGUGACGUCUUUCAUUCAGAGCAAGUUUAUCAGGACCGUCAACGCCAAUAGUCGGACUGCUAAAGGCUUGGACGGUACAACUACGGUAACCAGCUGGGUUUCCAUCGAAACCGCAAGGGCUAUCUUCAAGAUCACCGACUGGGAUGGUCUCCCAAAAGACACGAAGUGGUACGGCCUCCGGGACAACAAAUGCUGGCCGAACGAUCUUACGCCUGAUGACCCUGGGUGGGUUCUUCUAACCAACGACGAGUUUUACGCGGCAGGACAGCAUCCCGACCUCGCGCCACAUACGCAAAGUUACAGAGGACUGCCAGACCUCACACUGUUGAGGCGAGUUCUACAACAGCGCAAGAAUUCACCUCCGUUCGAGUUUCGUGAGCUCAACAGUACAGAGUACGAUGGAAGAAAGAUUCGUGAGGGGAACGGAGACGGUCAAAUCCCAAGAGCAUAUCGCGACAAUGUUUUACCCGGCAUGCCCCAGCCCAAAAGACGGCGCAGAAUGAUAUGGGCCGAAGAGAAUAACGAUGCACAAGUCAGGGGAGAAGACCAAUACAUCGAUAGCCUCGAAGACCUGCAUGACGAUGACUUUGAGAGACAGAUCGGAGAGUACAUUCACGAUGAUGAAGAGACGUCAUUGAAAAUGCCGAGGGAAACCGAAGCGAUCCAAACACCUGCUGGUCAGGGCGAUAUCAAGACCGCACCACCCUCUCAAGCUUCGAGCGCGACAGACGGACUUCCUCGUCACACUCAUGGGCCUCAUCAUUAG